AGAUUCCAACUUGUAAAAGGCGUUCACGUCCUCGUUGAACUCGUAAUUACAACUUGUGAACUGGCCCUGCACCCAAUGUGCAUAUUAUCCACCCUAUCUGCCAUAAAUAGUAUUGAAAAUUACUACUAUCACACAUAAUUUAGGAUGGUAUGCACAUUGGGAUGCAGGCUGGGAGACUUCUAAAAGAGCUACGACUUGUACCACAUGACCGCUGUACCACCUGACCAAGGCUCUGUUUAGGCGUUGAUUGCCAUAAAAAGAAAAAAACAUAAUUCCGAGUCUGAGGACGUGAACAGCUCCGAGUAGAACGUAAAGUUGCCAUCUCGAAAUUAAGAAACCAGGCGAAAGUGAAAGUAUUUUAACAGACGCUAUUUUUUGAAAGGGCAUGAACAACAUUGGGAGGGAAAAGCGGUUUAUUUGUGAAUAAUGUGAAUCUGUUUGAGAACAGCACUGCCUGUUAAAUGAGUCUCUGUGAGAAGAGAGAGGAGGAGGAUGUUCACACACAUAAAGCAGCAUCUCCAGAACCCAGCUCUGUGUCUAUAAGGAGUGAUGCAUCCAUGAGAAAACCUCCUCAUCUCAGUGAUGGAACUGUGACCUCUACAACAUCUGUGAUAAUAAAGAGAGACAAUGUAAUCAGAUCAGUGACGCCCCCUCUGACCUGCACUGACUCUGACUGUCAGACCCUCACCAGACAGAGAGUCAAAGACCAGCACAAAACCAGCAUGAAGAACAAGUAUGAGAGCUUAUUUGAGGGAAUCGACCUAGAAGAAAAUCAAACCCUCCUGAACAGGAUCUACACACAGCUCUACAUCAUAGAGGGAGAGAGUGAAGGAGUGAAUGAAGAACAUGAGAUUUUACAGAUGGAGAAAACAGCCAGAACACAAGACACUCCAAUCUACUGCAACGACAUCUUUAAACCCUUAUACCAAUGCAGAGGACCUGAGAAGCAAAGAAAACGGAAGAAAGACGAAAUCAAGACUGUUCUUACUAAAGGCAUCGCUGGAAUUGGAAAAACUGUCUCUGUGCAGAAGUUCAUUCUGGACUGGGCUGAGGAAAAAGCCAAUCAGGAUGUUGAUUUCAUGUUUGUUCUUCCAUUUCGAGAGCUGAACUUGAUUAAAGAUCACCAGUACAGUCUUCACAGACUUCUGCUGGACUUUCAUCCUGAACUUCAAGAUCUGGACUCAAAGAUUUAUGAGAAGUGUAAAGUUGUGUUCAUCUUUGAUGGUCUGGAUGAAAGCAGGAUUACACUGAGGUUUUCAGAUGAGGACAACGUUUCUGAUGUUAUUAAAUCUUCAUCAGUGGGUGUGUUAAUGUCAAAUCUCAUCAGAGGAAAUCUGCUUCCCUCUGCUCUCAUCUGGAUCACCUCCAGACCAGCAGCAGCCAAUCAGAUCCCCUCAAAAUACAUCAACCGUGUGACAGAAAUUCAGGGAUUCAAUGAGUCUCAGAAGGAGGAAUAUUUCAGAAAGAGAAUCAGUGAUGAGCAUCAAGCCAGCAGAAUCAUCUCACACAUCAGAAGAUCAAGAAGCCUCCACAUCAUGUGUCACAUACCUGUCUUCUGCUGGAUCUCAGCCACUGUGCUUCAAAACCUUGUGAAACAAAAUGACAGUGCAGAAAUCCCUCAAACUCUGACUGAAAUGUUCAUCCACUUCCUGCUGACUCAAAUAAACAUAAAGAGGAAAAAGUACGAUGAGAGAAAUCCGAAGAAACUCCUGCAGUCCAACAGAGAUGUGAUUGUGAAACUUGCUGAACUGGCUUUCAAUCAGCUGAUGAAGGGCAACGUGAUGUUCUAUGAGGAGGACCUGAUUGAGAGCGGCAUAGAUGUCACUGACGCCUCAGUGUAUUCUGGGAUUUGCACUGAGAUCUUUAAGGAGGAAUCUGUGAUUCAUCAGAGGAAAGUCUUCAGCUUCAUUCAUCUGAGCUUUCAGGAGUUUCUAGCUGCUUUCUUUGUGUUUUACUCUUAUGUAGUCAACAAUAAGGAUUUAUUGAAUUUGUUUUCGAAUGUAGAAUAUAUGUGGUACAAUCUGAAAAACUCUCUGUAUGGGCUACUAACAUCAGCAGUUGAUAAAUCCUUACAGAGUAAAAGUGGACACCUGGAUCUUUUCCUGAGGUUUCUGCUGGGCGUCUCACUGGAUUCCAAUCAGAGACUCUUACAGGAUCUACUGACACGCACAGGUAACAGCUCAGAGAUUAUCAAGAGAAUCACACAGUACAUUAAAGACAAACUCAAGGGUAAUGAGCAUCUCUCAGCUGACAGAUGCAUCAAUCUGUUCCUCUGUCUGCUGGAAAUGAAGGAUCAGACUCUGUACAGAGAAAUUCAGGAGUUUGUGAAAUCAGAGAAUCACUCAGUGAAUCAUGUCUCUCCGUCUCACUGCUCAACAAUCACCUACAUGCUUCAGAUGUCAGAGGUGCUGGAUGAGUUUAAUCUGAAGAAAUACAACACAUCAGAUGAGGGCAGAAGGAGACUGAUACCAGCUGUGGUGAACUGCAGAAAAGCUCUACUUGCAGGCUGUAAUCUCACUGAGCAGUGUGUUGAAAGUUUGUCUUCAUCUCUACAAUCAUCAAACUCACUGAGAGAGCUGGACCUGAGUCACAAUAACCUGCAGGAUUCAAGAGUGAAGCUUCUCUUUGAUGGACUGAAGAAUCUGAAAAAUCAUCUCAACAUACUGAGACUUGCAUGCUGUAAUUUCACUGAUCAGUGUUGUGAAAGUUUGUCUUCAUUUUUACAAUCAUCAAAGUCACUGAGAGAGCUGGACCUGAGUAACAAUGACCUGAAAGACUCAGGAGUGAAGAUUCUCUCUGAUGGACUGAAGAGUCCGCAUUGUCAUGUCAACAUAUUGAGAUUGUCUCGCUGUAUGGUAACAGAGGAAGGCUGCUGUUUUCUGGCUUCAGCUCUGAGUUCAAACCCCUCACACCUGAGAGAACUGGAUCUGAGCUACAAUCACCCAGGACAAUCAUUAGUCAAGCUGCUCUCUGAUCCAAACUACAGACUGGACAAACUCAAGUUAGAUCAUGGAGCAGAGUUCAGGAUUAAAGCAGGACCACAGAAAUAUGCAUGUGAUCUCACACUGGAUCCAAACACAGCACACACUCGUUUCGCUCUGUCUGAGGGGAACAGGAAGGUGACACAUGUGACAGAGAAGCAGCCGUAUCCUGAUCAUCCAGAGAGAUUUGAUGAGUGUCCUCAGGUUCUGUGUAGAGAGAGUCUGUCUGGACGCUGUUACUGGGAGGUUGAAUGGAGUGGGUUUGGGGUCAAUAUAUCAUUGACAUAUAAAGAAAUCAGCAGGAAAGGUUAUGGUGAUGACUGUUUAUUUGGAUUCAUUAAGAAGUUCUGGAGUCUGGACUGUAUUAACAACAGAUUCACUGCCAAACACAAGAAUAAGAAAACAGAAAUACCUGUCAUUUCAAGCUCUAACAGAGUAGGAGUGUAUCUGAACUGGUUCGCUGGUGUUCUGUCCUUCUACAGCAUCUCUGACACAAACACACUCACACACUUACACACAUUCAACAGCACAUUCACUGAACCCCUCUAUGCUGGAUUUGGAGUUUAUUCUGAUAGUUCAUUGUCUCUGUGUGAGAUUAAAUAACCUACAGUAAGAAACUUAAACUAUGCUUUUCCUAUAAAAUGUUUUUGUAAAGUAGAGUAAUUCUAAAUAAAUGAUGUCUGAACAUUGAUAAAUAGCGCUAAAUUUGAUAUUGACCUUACAAAUAAUAGCUUGUACAAUUUGUAUUUUUAAGUGAACUACCUUCUGUCAGGACAACAGUGUUAUUGUGUCUUUAAGCCCAUAUUUUAGUUUUGGAGUUUUUAGGGGUAAUGAGUAAUAAUGUAAAUCAUUUUGAUACGAACAAACAAUACAUAAAUAAACAGUGUCUUUGAAUUUGAAUUUCAAAGGGGAAAUGUUGCUGUAUUAAAAUCUUGGGUGCAGGAGCACGUUGAAGUUUGACAUAUUUCUCAUUUGUCUCAUUUCAAGGUCAAAUGAUUGGGUGACAUCAGUGACGAAUUUAAUAUUGACUCAUUUUAAUAUUUAUUCUACACACAAUAAUUUCUGAGCACUGUAAAAUGUGUUAAUCUAGGCUUUUUAGUUUAUAAAUGAAUACAGAACUUAUUUGCAGUUUCAAAUAGGUGUUUUAAAAUAUGGUUUGAACAUGGUUAUAUGUAAUAUUUAAAACAAUUAUUGGUGCUCUCUAGUGUUUUU